AUGGUGUUAGAAUCUUGUUCUGUCAAAAGAUUACUACUGUUAAUUAUUUUCAUCGGAGGGAUUACUCUACUAAUAUUUAUAAAAAUUACAUCUUCAAGUGCAUUGUCUGGUCUCAAUGCCACAAUUGCAACAGAGACAUCUGAAGGUGUAAAAGAUCAUAAAAACUCAUCAAAUAAGUGUUGGUUGCGAGAAGAAAAUACAAUUCUGAAAGAGUGUCAUUUGUGUUCUGACAAACUUGAAUGCAUUAAUGCGAGUUAUGUUGAAACAAUUAAAUGCAAAAUUUCUGGACUAGCAUAUAGAAAUUGCAGAAAACCAACUACAAGAACAUCAGAAAGAGAAUUUUGGUUAUUCCAAGGCUCACAAUUUGUUAUUGCUGUAAUCAGCUUAUCUGUUAUACAAUACAAAAAAACACAGUUUCAUAAAAAGUUAAUGAAAAGAAUACAAAAACAAUUAGAUUCCGUUGUAUAG